GGAUCUCUGCUGGCAUCGCCCUUUCUCAAAGGCUUCCUGGCGGGAUACCUGGUAGCUAAGCUCCGCUUCUCCGCCGUCCUGGGCUUCGUGGCCGGCACCUGCACGGGGAUUUACGCCGCCCAGAACUACUCCGUGCCCAACGUUGAGAAGACGAUUCGGGACUAUGUGAAUUCACUGAAAAAAAGUCGGGACUAGCGAGGAGUAGCCCGGAGGCAGCAGGGACUGCAGGAACGGUGCUCCUUAGGUAGCAGGCACAGAGCACCCCCAGGGCUCUGGGAGGCACAUCACCUGCACCCUUCUUUUCCUUGGAAAAGGGCUUUGCACCACACCACUGCGACACAUCAGGGGGCUGGGGAUGGGUGUUUGUUUGGCAUCAUGGCAGCAGUGAUCACUGCACUAACCCACAGCAGCUUGAGAGCACUGAGGGGCUGCCAGCUGCCUUUUCUCCUUACCUUUCCCUGUGUCCCUGUGGACUGAGGGGCUGGUGUGACCUGUGUGCCCUGGCAAUGUGCUUUGUGUGGCUUCUCAGGACGGCUUGUAGUUCUCCUCCUAACGAGAGACAACACCCUGCUCUCCUGCUGCGUCACAAAUGUUGCAGGGAACAUCCUGCUUCAAUCAGGCUCAUUAAAUUCUUGGCAUUUGGUCUCUUCAGUGUUGCAGGGUGAGAGUCUGUCUGGCCUCUCUACACUGGCAGCAGCUCACUCAUGCUGGAAAUGGGGAUGUUUGGGAAUGCUGCUGGCUCUGCCAACAGGCUGCUCCAGAGGGGUCUGUGGGCACUGAUGCUGCUGCUGUCUGUGGCCAUCUACGGCUCUCACGCCCCUCUCCUGACCCUCUGCAAAGUGGACGGGGCCAUCCCCUUCAGCUCCACGUCGGUGGUGGUGCUGGUGGAGCUGACCAAGCUGGUGCUGUCCCUGCUGUUCCUGCUGGUGGGGCGCGGGAGCCGCUGGCAGCGGCGCUGUCCUGGCGCCGAGCCACUGGCAGCGGCGCUGUCCUGGCGCCACGCCGCGCCCUUCGCCCUCUCCGCCCUGCUCUACGCUGCCAACAACAACCUGGUGGUGCACAUGCAGCUCUUCAUGGACCCCAGCACCUUCCAGGUGCUCAGCAACCUGAAGAUCGUCAGCACGGCGCUGCUGUACAGCCUGCUGCUGCGCCGGCGGCUGGGCGCGCGCCGCUGGCUGGCGCUGCUGCUGCUGCUGGCCGCUGGUGUCACCUACAGCUGCGGGGGGCUGUGGGGGCACGGCCGGCGCGGUGGGAUGCGCCUGCACGUCACCCCUGCGGGGCUGCUGCUGCUCACUGUCUACUGCCUCAUCUCUGGCCUCUCUGCCGUCUACACUGAAGCCAUCCUGAAGAGCCAGGCACUGCCCCUCAGCCUCCAGAACAUCUUCCUGUACUUCUUCGGGGUCCUGCUCAACCUGAUGGGUUCCCUGUGGAGCGGCAUGGAGGGAGGGUUCCUGGAGGGCUUCUCCCCAUGGGUGCUGCUGGUCGUGCUCAGCCAGGCUCUGAACGGCCUCAUCAUGUCCGUGGUGAUGAAGCACAGCAGCAACAUCACCAGGCUCUUUGUCAUCUCCUGCUCCAUCCUGGUCAACGCUCUCCUCUCUGUUGCCCUCUUCAAGCUGCAGCUCACCCUCCUCUUCUUCAUGGCCGUGGCGUGCAUUGGCUUGGCCGUGCACCUGUACUAUGGAGUCACAUAAUCACUGCCUUCCUCCCACGUGUCUGGGCAGCCCCAGCCCUUCCUCAGGGCUGGAAUCGUUCCUGGUGGGUGCCUGCACAGCUCCAAGGAGGGCGGAGUGCUCCAGGCGAGAGCAGCCUGUCCCUAUUUCCACAGGGAAUCUGCGCUCUGCUCCAGUCCAGCCAGGCUCUGUGCCGUGAAGUUCCCAUUGGGAUCAGGCAUGAUCAGCCUUAGGGAGGGUCCUGAACCCUAAUGCAUGUCUCAUAGCCUCAGGAUGUGCCAGGGGAGGUUCAAGUUGGGCCUGAGGAGUAAUUUCUUCACAGAAGGGUUGAUUAAACAUUGGAAGGGGCUGCCCAGGAAAGUGGUGCAGUCACCAUCACCAGAGGUGUUUAAGGACUUCACAUGGCACUUAAUGCCAUGGUUUAGUUGACAGGGUGAUGUUGGGUUACAGGUUUGACUCGAUGAUCUCAGAGGUCUUUUCCCACCUACAUGAUUCUGGGACUCUGUCCCAUGUCCUCAAGCUGCUUCCUCACACCACAGUGGCCUGGGAAUGCUCUGGCCCUGCUGUACCUCCUUCCAGCCCAGCAUGGGACUGGUGCUGUUUCAGCUCCCAUGGAUGCUGCUUGAUCCCUUCCACUCCUGGUGCUGCUUCCCUGGGCCUCUCUCACCUCCACGGUUUUCCAGCCUAGCCCCUGCCCAGAGCUCUGCUGUCCUCAGACCCCAUUUCCCCUUCCUGGGCUCAGUAUCUUUGCAGAGCAGACUGGGGCCUGUGGGAACUUUCACCUGCUCUCCAAAAGGGGGAUGUCCCCCAAAUUUGUACCAAGUUUCUGGGAGGCAAAGGCCACCCGGGUAUUAAAGCUGCCGUUCAACAGCA